AGGAAUGUCGGGUCCUCACAGUUCAGGACCAUUGAGGACGACCUGGUGUCUGCGCUGGUGCGCUCCGGCUGCAUCCCCGAGAACCAUGGCGAGGACAUGAGGAAGAUGUCCUUCCAGCGCUGUGCUCGCACGGACAAGAUGACUCCGAUGGGGUUGUCCCUGCAGUCUGCUACUGUAGUGUGCAGUUCGGUGGCCCACGUGUCACCAUGGCCCGGACCACGUCCCAGCCCAUCCCAGCUUGGGUGCCUGGUGGCUGUACCUUCUGGCUCUUGUCCUGCGAGGCAGUCGGUCUGGGGGCGCUCUGCUUUCCUCUGUUCCCAGCAGGGUGCCUUCUCCAGCCCAGCUUGUCUGUGUGGCCUGUGGCACUGUGGCCACCUGCAGAGCCAGGGCGUGUCUGCAGCUGGCCAGGUGGUGUCCCUGAAGGUGUGGCUGAUUGAUGACAUCCUGGAGAAGAUCAACAGCCACCUUCCCUCACACAUCCGGAUCUUGGGACUGAAGCGUGUCACAGGCGGGUUCAACUCCAAGAACAGGUGUGACGCCAGGACGUACCUGUACAUGCUGCCCACGUUCGCCUUCGCCCACAAGGACCGUGACGUGCAGGACGAGAGCUACCGCCUGAGCCCCGAGGCCCUGCAGCAGGUCAACAGGCUCCUGGCCUGCUACCAGGGCACUCACAACUUCCACAACUUCACCUCGCAGAAGGGGCCGCGGGAGCCCAGCGCCCGGCGCUUCGUGCUGGAGAUGUACUGCGAGGAGCCCUUCGAGCGCGAGGGCCUGGAGUUCGCCGUGAUCAAGGUCAAGGGCCAGAGCUUCAUGACGCACCAGAUCCGGAAGAUGGUGGGCCUGCUGGUGGCCAUCGUGAAGGGCUACGCGCCUGAGAGCGUGCUGGAGCGCAGCUGGGGCGAGGCCAAGGUCCACGUGCCCAAGGCGCCGGGGCUGGGCCUCGUGCUGGAGCGGGUGCACUUCGAGAAGUACAACCAGCGCUUCGGCACCGACGGGCUGCACGAGCCGCUCGACUGGGCGCAGGAGGAGGCCCGGGCCACGGCCUUUAAGGAGCAGCACAUCUUCCCCAGCAUCGUGCGCACCGAGCGGCUCGAGCGCUCCAUGGCCCAGUGGCUGAGCACCCUGCCCGCGCAUGACUUCAGCGCCAGCGCCACGGCAGCCGGCACAGGCACCAAGGUGCCCAGCCCCCCAGAGGGCAGCGAAGGGGGCGGAGACACGGACUGAGACCCUGGGCCGGGAGCCGGGGCUGCCGCAGCGUUUCUCACCUUGACAUGAGGCCAGACCUCGAGGUCACCACCUCGAGGCCACCUGUCUGCGUGGCCCGGCGUCAUGACCUCAGGAUCCCAGGACCCAGUAUCAUUUUGCAUUUUCGCCACAGGAGUAACCCGCCUCGAAUCUGUUUUCAGCCAUGUGUUAGGACGUGUGCCUAGCACGUAAAGACGCUAUAUUUUUUAAAGAAGUGAUUUUCUUAUUAAAUAAGGUUUUGCCUAGUGA